AUGGGUGAAGCCGAGAUCAAGACCUCCCAGUGGAGACUGGUCGAAGUCGGCCGUGUCGUCCUCCUCACCGGUGGCCAGUACGACGGCCGUCUCGCCACUGUCGUCGAGAUCGUCGACCACAAGCGCGUCCUUGUUGACGGUCCCGCCGACGACGCCAAGCUCGCUGUCCCCCGCCAGGCUAUCCGCCUCUCCGACGUUGUCCUUACCCCCAUCGUUAUUGCCAAGCUCCCCCGUGCGGCUGGUACUGGUGCCGUCAAGGCUGCCUGGAAGAAGGCCGAGGUUGAGCAGAAGUUCGGUCAGAGCAAGUGGGCUAAGGGCCGGGAGCAGAAGGCCCGGAGAGCGCAGCUCACUGACUUCGAGCGCUUCAAGGUCUUGAAGCUGAGGAAGCAGGUGAGGAUUCCUGUCCCCAAUCUACACUUUCGGAGAAGCGAUGAAUUGGGACUGAAGAGGAAAUGA